ACCUCACAGUGCACCGUCCCCAUCAAGAGUAUAAAAGGCCAGAACGCCGAGCAGCAACAUGUAUUCUGCAUGACGCAACCUAUCGAACAGCCAACAGCUAACAGAAGAUAGCAAGAGUAAAGUUACCCAGUAAAGUUUGUGUUCUACAUUCUGUGUUGUGUUUUGACUGAUACGCUGGUCAGCGCACACCAGAUAGUGAAACUCAUUUUAUGGUCAUUCGAGCUAGAGAGUAAAACUUCCUAACACUGUUCGUGUAAUUAAGAAGAUCAUGUCGUCUUCUGGUGAGGACGGUCCGGAUCGACACACUCGCGUACACACCCGGAGCUCUCCAGGCUUUCUGGAGCGUCUGGGAGAAACGAUGGGAGGGAUGUUGUUGGGUCUGGCCCUCUUCUUCUUUUCCUUCUACAUGCUCUUCACUAAUGAGGGCAGAGCCAUUCGCACCGCAACCUCACUGGAUGAGGGACUUGCUCAGGUCGUCAUGCUUCACCCAGACAUCAAAAUCGACCCUCAGAACAACGAACACCUCGUUCACCUCUCGGCCCCUUUGCGCACGGCUCAGCCUCUGUAUGAUCCAAACUACAUGGUUACUGUUCAUGCGGUGAAGCUGAAGAGGAAUGUGGAGAUGUACCAGUGGGUGGAGCAUCAGGAGUCACGGGACUAUACAGAGAACGGAGAAACAAAAACGGAGACCACGUACACAUACAACACUGAGUGGAAGCCAGAGGUCGUCAACAGCAGGAACUUUGAUCUAGAGAUCGGUCACGUCAACCCCAGUGCAAUGGCAGUGGAGAGUGUUACUGUCGACGCCCCUGAAGUCUGGGUCGGCCAUUUUUCUCUCUCAAAAGGUUUGAUCGAUCAGAUCAAUAAUUUCCAGACUCUAAGUCUGAGUGCGCUUCCUGUUACUGAUCCAUUUCUCACCGUGUAUGAGGAUUAUUUCUACCACACAGCCAACCCACAGAGACCCGAGGUAGGAGACGUGCGUGUGAGCUUCUCCUAUGCCGGACUCAGUGGUGAAGGCUCCUUCCCUGGACAAGCGCAGAAAGUGAGUGUGGUGGCAAUGCAGAAGGAAAGCAGACUGAUGCCUUUUAAAACCAAAUCAGGAGACACGCUGGAGAUCCUGUACCUGGAGGAACUCACAGCAGGGGAGGUCUUUGCUCGAGAACAUCAGUCUAACAUGACAAGGACGUGGGCUAUGAGACUUGUAGGUUGGGUCCUCAUGUUCAUCGCAAUUAAUAUGACCAUGCACAUUUACACUCUGGUGGACUGGGUCCCUGUGCUGAGAGAGCUGGUGUUGAUGGGUGUGAAGCUCUUCGCGGUGUGUAUGUCCUUCUCUCUGUCUCUCCUCAUCAUCUCCGUCGGCUGGCUGUUUUAUCGCCCCCUGGUGGCGGCACUACUCACCGCACUCGCCCUGCUGCCCAUCAUCAUCGCACACAUUCGAAGAGCCGAGAAGAAACACCAGUGACGACUACAGAACGCUCGGAUGGUGGAUGGCUCAGAGUACUUUGUUACAGACUGAUGUUUAAAACCAAAAAGUAAACACACUCCUACUCAGAAUGGUUGUUAAGAAUGUAAAGACGUUUAAUACAAUUACUGAUAAAUCACCCUGAGGAGAUAAACACCUCAUACUCUGACACAUGCUUCAGUCAGAGAACCUCGACAGUGUGGCUACAUACCCAGAUUCUGAUAAGUCAGAAGAUGGUGACUGAUUAUAUAAGCAGGUCUGGGAGUAAAUAUUUAAUGUGUAUGGUGCAGGCUUCCCUUAUUCAGCAUUCCUUAUUGUUUUGUAAUCUAUGCCUUCUGACCAAUCAGAAUCUAGUCAUCCAUGCUCUGAAACUUGGAUGAGUAAUGAAAUAUAUAUGGGUUCAUAAGUUUUUAGUUAUUUCCUUCAAAUGGUGACACAAUGGGGAAGUCCUAUGUUGUCAUAAAAAGAGGAAAAUGUUUUGUAUGCAGAUUCUGUAAUUUGCAGAUUAACACACUCCCAUGGCUUUUAUUUGCA